UAUCAGUUUCCUGGGUUGCUGGCAUUUAAAUCCAGCUGGAAAGGGCUGGUGUGCAUCUUUGGAUCAUCUUCCUUCCAAUUAUAUGAAAGCUGCAGGAGAUAUAGAUUUUGCAUAACUCUGUAAAGGAAAUUAUUUUCUAUUUUCCUGUAGUACAGUUUUGGAAGAUUUAUAUUUUUAGCUUUGCAUUAUCACAAAUUUGUAAUUUUUUAUUUGAGAUCCUCAGAGGUCAAAGGCACAGCACAUAGGAAAUCAAAGUAGGGUCUUAUUUUAAUAUUAUAUAUUGCAGAGUCAUAAGAUAUUUUAUUGCAAAUACUAUAAUAGCUUCACAGCUGGAUCAGUGUAUACAACAUUGUAAUUCUCUACUGUAGAUUUAGGUGAUAGAGCAUAGAAUUCUGGUAGCAAAAUGUUCAGCUGGCUGGGAUCUGAUGACAGAAAGAAGGAUCCAGAGGUUUUUCAAACAGUCAGUGAUGGGCUGAAAAAACUCUACAAAACAAAACUGCUUCCCUUGGAAGAUUAUUACAAAUUUCAUGAGUUUCACUCUCCUGCUCUGGAAGAUGCAGAUUUUGAUAAUAAACCAAUGAUCCUUCUAGUGGGACAGUACUCUACAGGGAAAACUACCUUCAUCAGGUACCUGCUGGAGCAGGAUUUCCCAGGUAUGAGGAUUGGUCCAGAGCCCACCACCGAUUCAUUCAUUGCGGUGAUGCAGGGUGAUGUUGAAGGAGUUAUUCCUGGCAAUGCCCUGGUGGUGGAUCCUAAGAAACCUUUUAGAAAACUGAAUGCUUUUGGAAAUGCUUUCCUAAAUAGGUUUGUUUGUGCACAGUUACCUAACCCGGUGUUGGAGAGCAUCAGCGUGAUUGACACUCCUGGGAUCCUGUCUGGUGAAAAGCAGAGAAUUAGCCGAGGGUAUGAUUUUGCUGCAGUGCUUGAAUGGUUUGCAGAGAGAGUAGACCGCAUCAUCCUACUUUUUGACGCUCACAAGUUGGACAUUUCUGAUGAGUUCUCAGAAGUCAUCAAAGCCCUGAAAAAUCACGAAGACAAAAUGCGAGUGGUCCUCAAUAAAGCUGACCAGAUUGAGACCCAACAGCUCAUGAGAGUUUAUGGGGCCCUGAUGUGGUCCUUGGGAAAAAUUGUCAACACUCCAGAGGUCAUAAGGGUCUAUAUUGGAUCCUUCUGGUCACACCCGCUCCUAAUAUCUGACAAUAGAAAGCUGUUUGAAGCUGAAGAGCAAGAUCUUUUUCGAGAUAUUCAAAGUCUUCCACGUAACGCAGCUUUACGGAAACUGAAUGAUCUAAUCAAAAGGGCGCGACUCGCAAAGGUUCACGCAUAUAUAAUUAGUUCUCUGAAGAAGGACAUGCCUGCAGUGUUUGGUAAAGACAACAAAAAGAAAGAACUGAUUGCCAGUCUGGGAGACAUUUAUGCCAGGAUUGAACGAGAGCAUCAGAUCUCCCCAGGAGACUUUCCAAACUUAAAGAAAAUGCAGGAACUUCUGCUAUCUCAAGACUUUACGAAGUUCCAGCCACUGAAGAACAAACUUCUUGAGACCGUGGAUGAGAUGCUGGCACAUGAUAUUGCUCAUCUGAUGGUACUGGUUAGACAAGAGGAGUCUCAGAAACCAUUCCAAAUGGAAGGGGGUGCCUUUGAGGGUACCCAGAAUGGACCAUUUGGCCACGGAUAUGAAGGUGCAGGAGAAGGUAUUGAUGACGAAGACUGGGUGGUGUCCAGGGACAAACCAAUGUAUGAUGAGAUCUUCUACACGCUUUCCCCAGUAAGUAAAGUUACUGGGGCCAAUGCCAAACGAGAGAUGGUUAAGUCUAAGUUACCCAACACAGUUCUUGGAAAGAUUUGGAAACUUGCUGACAUUGACAAGGAUGGAUUACUUGAUGACGAGUUUGCUUUAGCCAAUCACCUUAUCAAAGUUAAACUGGAAGGUCACGAGCUGCCCAAUGACCUACCAUUCCACCUUCUUCCACCAUCCAAAAGAAAAGUGCCAGAGUAAAGAAAAAUAAAUAAUUAUCUUUGCGAGAAGAAAUUAAAAAAAAAUGUUUACUUAAGUUAUACAUAUAAUGUGAAUAAACCGGCUCUGGCGUUUUUGAUUUAUGGGAAUAUUUAUAUAUGAAAAUGAUAAACCCAACUUAACCUUACAUUACACCAUAACAAAGAAGUUAAUCUGAGUAUUUGUUUGCUUCUUUUAAGUACUAAAAAGGGAAGAGCAUCAAAAUCCAAGACUUUCCAUCUACUGACUCUUUUGCAAUGUAUUAUGUAUGUUCCUUUAUGUUUUUAGAGCUUUCUGAAUACCUCAUUGUAUUGUCAGAUUGUGAAUUCAUCAAACGAAUUUCAAGUCUUACGUUGGCUUUAAAUUGUAUAAGGUUUAUAAAGAGAGAUUUCUGUAUGUGUUUUACUAAAUGGACCAAUAGGAAUCUUGACUGUGUAAUUAAGCCUACAAUGCGUCUUUUGACCAAACAUUAAGACCUUCAGCUUAAUUAGAUUUCAUGUUAGAGCAUACUGCGUCUUAAGCCUUCAUAUCAAAUUUAUAUUGAUUCAGUGCUGGGAAAGCGACCGGCUGAGAAAAUGAGACACAGUAGGUUUGUUUAAAAAUGUGUUUGUUUGAAGAUGAUUUCCAUCAAAAUGUUUGUGCUGGUCAUUGUUCUUUGGCAACAAUGAUGGAACAUGAUUUGAUAGCAUGGCAGGAAGUGAAAUACCCUACUUUUUAUAACAAGACUAUCCUUUUAUUUUGCUGGUUUUUAGUUACUGACUUGACUGAACCACAUUAUAUACAAAUAUCUAAAAGCUAUUAUAGGGAUGGAUUAAGAGGUCGAGUAUAAGCAGAAUUGGGUUCCAUCUUACACACACACACACCAUGAAAAAAAAUGAAAGCCAAAAUUAAACUUUCACGAUUCAGAUAGAUCAUGUAAUUUAAGAUGUACUUACUAAUUUACUUCAAUUGUCAAAUUUGCUUUGUUGAAGUGAGUUCAAGAGCAGCAAUGCACUACUGGGAGCUAGUGAUAACAUAUGUUGAGCCAAUUACAAGAGUCAUAUGUGUGUAGACCACCAAUCCAACGGCAAUCUCCAGUAGUAUAUUGCUGCUCCUGAGCCUACUAGAAUAUGCUUUUCUAACAAAGGAUACCAAAGGUAUAUUUGAUUAAUAGAUGUAAACUGAGAAGUGUCUUUAAACUUGCAUGCUCUGCCUCAGCUAUGAAAGUAACUUUUUGGCUGUCAUAUCCCUUUAAGCUAGGUUACCCCUGGAGGAAGAUGUUCAGAAUGAAACUAUAAAUACAUAGGGGUUAUUUUCAUUGCUUGACCCUAGGAUAACUUAUUUGACAAAUAAGUGAUCAGUGUUUUACAUUCUACGUGUUUUAUUGAAACGUAUUCUGCACUUGUUAUUAACCCUUUUAAGCCCCAAUUCUAUAAAAUAAUGUUUCUCUUCAAAAAUACAUGUGUAUGCGUUCAUUUUUGUUUAUUAUCAUACAACAUUUCAUUCUUUAAGGGUCUAUGAUAAAAGCAGGGGUCAUUACUGCUUCAUAUUUAAGCUACCAGAAAGUAUUUGGGCCACAUUUAAAAAAAAAUUCUUGUGAGUUUUAUUUAUCUAUGCAGAUGACCUGCUGUGAUGUUGCACUAAACACAACAAUGAAAAAUAUUGUUACUCACCUCAAAAAUAAUUAAUAAAGAGCUUUAUUUCAUUCUGA